AUUUUACUAAUAGUUUUGAAAUACUCUUUUCCCCAGACAGGUGAACCGUUGAGACAACUAAGUUGAACCUGGCAGUAGUACAGAAAUGGGCUGGACGGAUUAUUUACCACCAGUGGUGAUGAUGCUUCUCCGACAUGACGUCAUCAGUCGUCCCUUGGAUCGGCAGCAGAGAGUGACCUAGAUGUUCCCGCGCUCACCAGAUUUUGGCGCCAAACGCGGAGACUGCAGCCCGGACUCUCUCUCCGGGCCCGCCAUUUUGAUGACAUGAGAUUCCGCCUGAAGAAGACCCUCCAGAUCUCGGCGGUCUGCGCAUGCGUGCUCCUGUACAUCAACUUCUUCCUGGUCUCCAAGUCGACCUUCAGCAUCGACCUUGGCCUCGGGGGUCGCCGAGAGGCAGGCGGGGGGCGUAGCCUCGAUCACAAAGGGCCCAGGUACCAGCCCAUCACUCUGGACUUCAGGAUGAACAACGGCUCCUGGAGCAACAUGUCCAAGCAGGUAGUGGGCCAGCCUAGAGCUACCACGGAGGAGGUUCGAAUCCAGAAACUCAACCCG